CUCCAGACCCCUGUAUCUCUAAUGGCUCUCAACUACCUUCCUAUCCAAGGCUCUUCUGUGCCUUGUGAGCAUGUAUUUUCAGAUGCUGGACUCACAGACAUCAAAUGUUGUGCACAUUUACUUCCAGAAAACUUUGGUGAUAUUCAAAUUGUAAAUAAUAAGUAUAAG